AGGCGGGAGGUGGGUGCGUUUCCUCCGCGGGCGCGGAGCCAUGCGGCCCGGACGCGGUGCCGGUGGCGAUGGCUUGAGGGUCCGUCGGCGAGUCGGUCUAUGAAGCGGCGGGUCGGCGCCCCCUGCGCACCUGCUUACCGCGCUUCCGCGGGCGCGGAGGGCCGCGCAGCACUAUGUCGCGCGUCGUCCAGAAGAAGAACCACUGGGCCAGCCGAGUGCGGCAGUGCUCCCUUACCCGCGGGCCAGGCGGGCAGCUGGGCUUCGUCCUGCUCGGAGGCGCGGAGCACGGCGAAUUCCCUUACGCGGGCGCGGUGGUGGGAGACGGUGAAGCGGCGCUGAGCGAGGGGGAGCUGCUGCUGGAGGUGCAGGGGGUCCGCGUCUCGGGGCUGCCGCGCUACGACGUGCUGGAAGUGAUCCGGAGCUGCAAGGACCCCAUCGUGGUGAAAGCCGUCCGACAAGGAAGCAGACUGAACAAAGACCUGAGACAUUAUCUCAACCAGAGGUUUCAGAAAGGAUCUCCGGAUCACGAUCUGCAGCAGACUAUUAGGGAUAACCUCUAUCGCCAUGCUGUGCCUUGCACAACCCGCCCUCCAAGAGAAGGAGAAGUGCCUGGUGUGGACUAUAACUUUCUGACUGUGGAGGAGUUUCUGGACUUGGAGCGAAGUGGGACUCUUCUGGAAGUAGGAACUUAUGAAGGUAACUAUUAUGGAACGCCCAAGCCUCCCAGCCAGCCCCUCAGUGGGAAAGUGACUUCCACCGAUGCUUUGCAAAACCUGCAGUCUGGCUCCAAGCAGUCGACCCCAAAGCGAACCAAGUCUUACAAUGAUAUGCAAAAUGCUGGCAUAGUGCAUACAGAGAAUGAAGAAGAGGAUGAUGUACCUGAAAUGAGCAGUAGCUUCACAGCAGAGUCUGGUGACCAGGACGAGCAUAAUACGCAUAUCAUAAGAGAGACAGCCCCACCGUCCGCCAUUGAGAGCCACACCAACCUUCCCACCACGGAACCAUCUCAGAACCUCCCCCAAUACCUACCUCCUUCUGCCGAGGAUAACCUAGGUCCUCUGCCGGAAAACUGGGAGAUGGCCUACACUGAGAAUGGAGAAGUCUAUUUUAUAGACCAUAACACAAAAACAACAUCUUGGCUUGAUCCACGGUGCCUGAACAAACAGCAGAAGCCUCUAGAAGAAUGUGAAGAUGAUGAAGGGGUACACACGGAGGAACUGGACAGUGAACUAGAGUUGCCCGCUGGUUGGGAGAAAAUUGAGGAUCCUGUAUAUGGUGUCUACUAUGUAGACCACAUCAACCGGAAAACACAGUAUGAAAACCCAGUUCUUGAAGCAAAGAGGAAGAAACAGCUUGAGCAACAGCAACAGCCACCAGAAGAAUGGACAGAGGAGUGUCCAUCUCUCCCACCACCCGCUGCUCCAAACCAUGUUUCAAACAACCAAGAGGCAGUUCGGGAAGCACCAGUGCAAGGAAAACCUUUUUUUACACGAAACCCUUCUGAGUUGAAAGGAAAGUUCAUCCACACCAAGCUAAGGAAAAGCAGCAGGGGUUUUGGCUUCACUGUCGUUGGAGGAGAUGAGCCGGAUGAGUUUCUCCAAAUCAAAAGUUUGGUGCUUGACGGCCCUGCAGCUCUGGAUGGCAAAAUGGAAACAGGAGACGUCAUAGUCAGCGUGAACGAUACCUGUGUGCUGGGGCACACUCACGCUCAAGUUGUGAAAAUCUUUCAGUCCAUCCCCAUUGGUGCCAGCGUGGACCUUGAACUGUGCCGAGGCUACCCCCUGCCCUUCGAUCCUGAUGAUCCCAACACGAGCCUGGUUACGUCUGUGGCAAUUUUGGACAAGGAGCCCAUCAUUGUGAACGGGCAGGAGAAUUAUGACUCCCCAGCGAGCCACAGUAGCAAAACAGGGAAAGUAAAUGGCACAAAGGAAGCGAGACCCAGCAGCCCGGCUGAGGUCUCUUCCAACGGACCCCAUGGUUACCCCAACGACACAGUCUCUUUGGCGUCUUCGAUAGCAACACAACCUGAACUCAUAACUGUGCAUAUAGUGAAAGGGCCUAUGGGCUUUGGGUUUACUAUAGCAGACAGUCCUGGUGGGGGCGGCCAAAGAGUGAAACAAAUCGUGGACAGCCCACGAUGCCGCGGCCUGAAGGAGGGCGACCUUAUAGUAGAAGUCAACAAGAAGAAUGUGCAGAGCCUCACUCACAACCAGGUGGUGGAUAUGCUGAUUGAAUGUCCUAAGGGAAGUGAGGUCACGUUGCUGGUGCAGCGAGGAGGACUGCCGGUCCCAAAGAAGAGCCCAAAGUCGCAACCACUUGAAAGGAAAGACAGCCAAAACAGUUCUCAGCACAGCGUCUCAAGCCACCGCAGCGGGCACACCGCUUCCCCCGUUCACGGCGCACAGGUGCUGCCGGACUACGCCGCCGCGGAGGCCCCCGCUGCGGAUCAGCCGGACAGUUCUGGGCAGAAAAAGCCAGAUCCAUUCAAAAUCUGGGCCCAGUCCAGGAGCAUGUAUGAAAGCCGACCUAUGUCACCUUCGCCUGCAACUGGACUGAGCAAGGGUGAGAGAGAGAGAGAAAUCAAUUCCACCAGUUUUGGAGAAUUUCCAGAUUACCAAGAGCAGGAUAUCUUUCUAUGGAGAAAGGAAACCGGUUUUGGAUUUAGGAUUCUGGGUGGAAAUGAGCCUGGAGAACCUAUUUACAUCGGUCACAUUGUACCGCUGGGUGCUGCUGAUGCUGAUGGCCGCCUGAGAUCGGGUGAUGAGCUGAUCUGCGUGGAUGGGACCCCUGUUGUUGGGAAAUCACAUCAGCUUGUCGUCCAGCUUAUGCAACAGGCAGCCAAACAAGGUCAUGUCAAUUUGACUGUCAGGCGCAAAGUGGUUUACACAGUUCCAAAGGCGGAGAAUGAAGUACCAUCCCCAGCCUCUUCCCACCACAGCAGCAACCAGCCAGCCUCACUGACAGAGGAGAAGCGAACACCGCAGGGCAGCCAGAACUCCCUCAACACCGUCAGCUCAGGCAGCGGCAGCACCAGCGGCAUUGGCAGUGGUGGUGGUGGGGGCAGCGGGGUGGUCAGCACCGUGGUCCAGCCCUAUGAUGUGGAAAUCCGCCGCGGUGAAAACGAGGGCUUCGGCUUUGUCAUCGUCUCAUCUGUGAGCAGGCCGGAGGCAGGGACGACGUUCGCGGGAAAUGCAUGUGUGGCCAUGCCUCACAAAAUAGGUCGGAUAAUUGAAGGGAGUCCCGCUGACCGCUGUGGCAAGCUGAAAGUAGGCGAUCGGAUCUUGGCCGUCAAUGGGUGCUCCAUCACCAACAAGUCGCAUUCCGACAUCGUCAACCUCAUUAAGGAAGCGGGAAACACCGUCACCCUGCGCAUCAUUCCAGGAGAUGAAUCCUCCAAUGCUACUUUAUUGACCAAUGCAGAAAAAAUUGCUACAAUUACAACCACACAUACUCCUCAGCAAAUACCACAGGAGCCCAGGAAUAACACCAAACCAAAGCAGGAAUCCCAGUUUGAUUUCAAACCACCCCAAGCAGCACAGGACCAAGAUUUUUACACUGUUGAGCUGGAAAGAGGAGCCAAAGGGUUUGGCUUUAGCCUGCGAGGUGGCCGGGAGUAUAAUAUGGAUCUGUACGUGCUGCGGCUAGCUGAAGAUGGUCCAGCUGAGAGAUGUGGGAAGAUGAGGAUUGGUGAUGAAAUUUUAGAGAUCAAUGGAGAAACUACCAAGAACAUGAAGCACGCUCGGGCCAUCGAACUGAUUAAAAACGGUGGCCGCAGGGUCCGCCUGUUUCUGAAACGUGGAGAUGGCUCGGUCCCAGAAUAUGACCCCAGCAGUGACAGGAACAGUCCCGCCACAGGUUCACAAAAUGUAUCGGAAAUGAGAGCCGCGCCAUCCGACCGACGGCAGCACCCAUCAUCGGAGUCCAGUUAUCCACCAGACCUUCACAAAUCAUCACAACAUGGGGACAAGAGGACUUACGUUAGAGACCUAAAAGGCAGCAGAGAGUUUAGCAGACAUCCCAAUGAACACCACACUUGGAAUGGGACUUCUAAAACCAACGACCACGUGCCAGGCAGGAGGACAGAGAGGUCGCCGGAGAAGAGGCACGAGAGGCAGCUGGAGAGGGCGGUGGUGAACGGGCAGAAGAGGAAGUCUCCUGAAAAGCGGAGGGAAGGGACGAGGAGCGCUGACAACACUUUGGAGAGGAGGGAGCGACACGAGAGGAGGAGAGACCUCUCUCCCGAGAGGCGCAGAGAGCGGUCGCCCAGUCGGCGCCGGCGGUCUCUGGAGAGACUCACGGAGCAAAGGAGGUCUCCCGACCGGAGAAGAGAGAAUUCCCUAGACCGACGGGCCAAGUCGUCUGACCGGCGGAGGGAGAGGUCGCCCGAUAGACGGCUCAGGGAGGAGCGAGGCCACCGGGGGAGGGAAGACCCCGGCUGGAGGCAGGAGCCGAGCCGCCGGCACCUGCCCGAGCAGCGCAGACGGCCGUACAAGGAGUGCAGCACCGACCUCAGCAUCUGAGGGGCUCCUCCAGGCUCACCGUCACCUUCCCCACACCACGGGAGCAGAGGAGAGAGUGUGGGAGCUGAAACCACCCAGCUUUUGCAGGCGAGGAGACAUCCGGCACCUGCUGAUCCUACAAACCUUUUAUGCAGAUGAAAUCUUAUAACAAAAAAAAAAGUGUUGUGCCUGAUGUAUAAUAUUAAAGAAAGUAUUUUUCAGUGUAUUCCUUUUUUUUUUUAAUUAUUAUUAUUAUUACUUGCCAAAUGUUGGUCCUAAAGGAUUAUGAAAUUUUGUUUCUACAUUCUUUGUAGAUUUCUUAAGAAUAAUUCCUUUAUUGGGCUACUUUCCCCCCCCCUUCCCCAAUCCAGUAAAUGGGGGUAGCCAGUAAUAUAAUAUAGGCAAAGGAUUUUAUGACCAAGUUUGAAAAUUUGAUCCAGACUGUUCUCUAGUGACUCACUGCUACACUAUAUGUAGAAAAUUUUUUAAGGGGGUGGGGAAGGAAGAAAAUUGUUCAUCUCAGUAGGAAUGGAACACUCCUGCUGAAGGAAUUAAAAAGAGACAAAUGUUCCUAAAAUUGCAAGAACUGUUUGAAGAGACUACUAUUUCAAUGAAGGAUAUUUAUAAGAAUAAUAAAUAAUAAUUAAAAUAAAUAAAUAACUAAAUACAAACCCACACAGCACAAGAUGAUUUACAAAUAAGGAAUUUCUAUUUUGUUCCAUGAACAGUUUAUACUUUCAGGCCCCUCUACAGGAUGCACAAAGGCAGAAGGACUGGUAACCACCAUGCCUGUGUCACACACUAACGUAGACUGUUGAUCUCUCAUUAGCCUCAGCAACAUUUAAUAUUUCAUUAAAGGCAGGCGCCGCAGCCCUACUCAUCUUCUAGAUGUAUAUGGACAGCAACCCAAGCAUGCAUGGUAUUGUUUGUCUGCUUUGAAGCACGGGAAAGGGAUCGGGAUUGGGAUCCUGGGACAAGGCACAAUGAGGUGGGAGCAAAGUCCUCCCUCUUGGAGCGGGUGUAUUCCUUCUGCUCAGGCAAAACCAGUGGGCUUUUCUUAUUUUGCCAACUUCUAAAAGCUCUCUCUUCCUCUCACUCUGUAUUUAAGUUUGGUUUUUUACUGGUUCACCUUUACUGAGACAAAAGGAGUUCACUUGCUGGG